UGUAUAUAUAGAGCAGUAGCUCAGUUGGAGAGACACAUCCCUAAGGAUACUCGGAUAGCCAACAUGAUCUCAAAGGUCACUCUCGUCGUUUUCGGCCUCGUGGCCCUGGUAGCUGCUGACAGCAGGGAAUCCUUUGAAUACGCCCCCAGAAGGGGAUCCUCUGAGGAGUCCUACGAAUCCAGCGAGGCCCAUUACAGCUUCAACUGGGCCGUCGACCACGACCCUUCCAGCAAUGAAUUCGGGCACCAGGAAACCCGUGACGGAGACGACACUCAGGGAUCUUACUACGUCGAGCUCCCCGACGGUCGUCUGCAGACUGUCAAGUAUUUCGUCGACGGAGACUCAGGCUACGUGGCUGAGGUCAACUACGAAGGAAGUGCCUCAGCCGAGUCAGGCUCCGCUGAGUCCAACGAGAGGCCAAGAUACUACUACGGCUCCGGCUCCAACGAGUCCAAAUAAGUCAGUCUUCUAACUUCCUAUGACAAAACUUGAUUGUACAAAAGCACAUCUACCCCAGCUCUUAUUUACCACCAAUAAUUUAUUGCAAGAGAGAAAUAUGUUGGAAUUCAGGUAGACUAUUUAAACUAUUUAUCUCAAAAUAUACUAUUCAAUCUAC